AAACAAAUGCUUGCAUGCUUUAAAAAGUAGCUGUGAGUAAAGGAUUAAAAAGAGUACAACUUCCGUUUGAAAAAAAAGUACCAUUAUUUGAGUACCCAAGUUAAAUAAACAAUUUAAGUGUUUUUAAAGUGUAUUUUACAAAAACUAAAUAAUAAUAAUACGGAAAAUCCUCUAAUAUUUUCAAGACAAUUAAACUAUCAAUCAUAAUUAAAAAGAAGAAAAGAAAAAAACUUUUAAUUUAAACAAAGACAUUUUAAAUUUGUGGAUCGUUUGAAAUAAACUUGCUUAAAAAUACUGUCCAAAAUGAAAUUAAAAAUGCUACGGUGUUUGAGGCACUCUAAAACUCAUCCAGACGAUCUGAAGGCCUCUUCCAAAGAAGUAGAACGUAAAUGCAGUGAAAUUCAUAAAAAUUUUCGUGAAGCGGUCAAAAUUUUACUACUUGGCACCGCCGAAUCGGGCAAAACUACAAUAAUUAAACAAAUGCGUAUUUUACACAUCAAUGGCUUUUCAGAUGAUGAACGCCGCGAUAAAAUUCCCGAAAUCUAUCAGAAUAUCCAUGAAUCUAUAUACCAACUAGUCCAAUAUAUGACAAUAUUGGGUCUGGAGUAUCAAAGCUGUGCCAGCAAACACAGUGCGUCCUAUAUUUUAACAAUGGGCGAAACGGCGCCCGAAUAUAUGAAUGAGGAAUAUUGUGAUCAUGUCAUGACAUUGUGGAAUGAUGUGGGUAUACGCACAUGUUUUGAACGCUCGAAUGAAUUUCCCUUAUCCGACAGUACUAAAUAUUUUUUGGAUAACUUUGAUCGCAUCUCAGACUUUCACUAUAUACCUUCCACCGAGGACAUUUUACACAGUCGCAAAAUAACCACUGGUAUCCACAAUAUAUCCUUCCGUGUGGAAAUUCCCAAAAACAUGGGUGGCGGUGAGCAAAUCUUUCACAUGUACGAUGUGGGCGGUCAGCGUGAUCAACGCAACAAAUGGAUACAAGUAUUCGAGGGUAUACAGGCUGUACUAUUUCUAAUCUCCUGCAGUGAUUUCGAUCAAAACCUAAGAGAAGAUCCUACACAGAAUCGUUUGCAAGAGGCUUUAAAUCUCUUUCGAGGAGUUUGGCAAAAUCGCUUCUUGGCCUCAGCCGGCCUCAUUGUGUUCCUCAACAAACAGGACAUAAUGGAGCGUAAAAUAAGAGCGGGCAAACAUAUUGUUGAUUAUUUUCCCGAAUUUCAAGAAUUCCGCAAUAGUCCCCAGGCGGAGAGUUAUUUCGAUGAGUGUGAUUGGACGAAAAAGUUUAUUAAACAAAAACUUAUUGACAUUACACAGGAGCCGGUGAAACGGCCUUCACGUAAUCACAUGCAUAACUCGAAACGAGAGUGUUAUUAUCAUUUUACCGUGGCCACCGAUACCAGUUGCAUACGAAAGGUAUUCAAUGAUGUCCAUCAAAUGAUAUUACACGAGAAUAUGUCCUCUAUGGAUCUGUUUUGAUAUGGCCGAAUGAAGAAUAUAUUGUACAUAGAAUUAGAAAUUUUGUAAUUUUAAUACAAACUAACAAGGACUGUGAUUUUUUUUCAAUUAAGUUGUAGUUUUAAGACAAAAAAGAACUUAAUGUAAGAAAAAAAUAUUUAAUAAGUCUCCAUUUCAUUAGCAAAUAAAUACAUUGUAUGUAUAUAAAUAUUACGUUUAAGUAUGCAUUAAGUUAGCAGGUUUGGAUCUCCUAACUAGAGAUUUCUCCUCUAUCUGAAAUUAGUAUCUCUAGUGCAAAACCUCAUUUCAAAGAUAUUUGAAAUAUUUUGAUGUGAGCCCACGCCUGCUACCUGUAAAAGUAUUGUAGUUUAUACAUACAUAUAUCAAUAAGUAUUUAAGAACUAUUGUAAAUAUUUAAGAAUAGUUACAUAAUUAGUUUACAUUUUGUACAUAAAUUUUGAAUAUAUUUGAUAACUAACAAUCACAUUUGUAAUAAAUAAAAAAUGCACAUGAAACUAUGAAA